GAAAAUGGCGGCUCUUGCACGUGUAUGAGUGUUAUCGAAACUAUAUUUUUUAAAGCUCAGUACUGAGAAUCCGAAAGAUGCCCUCAGAAAAUAUUCUUUCGCAUUUCUGGGAACUUGCGUCAACUGACGAAACUAAGCGUCUGAAAGCUGCUUCACAGCUGUUAGAUUCUUUACACGAAGCUCAAAUGCAUCACGAAGAAAAAGUUGAGGUAGAGGAUAAUGCCAACGAUGAUGACGAGAAUUUAUGUUGUGAUGAGCUGGAAUACAGCGUCAAACGGCUUGUAAAAGGUUUAGCUUCUUCGCGGAAGGGAGCUAGACAAGGAUUUGCAACAGUGUUGACAGAAGUCCUCUCGAAGUUUACUUCUCUGUCGCCUGAAAGAGUGCUCAAAUUAAUUGGUGAAAAUUUAGAGAUCUCUGGUAGCGCCAUAUCCACGGAAGAAAAAGAUCGCUACAUAGGGCAGAUAUUUGGCAUGGUGUCUGUAUUGAGGUCUCAAUGUGAUCAUGGUAAAAUCUCUACUCUUGACCCAAACUGGCUGGGUUUGCUCAUAUCCAAAGUUAUAGAAUUGAGCAAAAAGAAGAGUUAUUUACAAGAGCUCUGUGCCAAGGUCAUUGUGGACAUAUUUCCUUUGGUGUCUGAGGAUAUGUUUACAAAUUGGGUGUAUCCAUCUGUCAAGGAGAUCGUUGAAAGUGGCUGGGUACAGGCUACACCUGAAACACUUCUUAUUUCCUUGGCACUUCAGAGGUCCUGGGGGGAGCAUUUGGAUAAGAAAGUGAUGAAGGUUGCAUGGAAAAGUCCACUCAUAGCUGACAAGCAAAAUUACAAGCAAAUGUACACUGUCCUGCAGGAUUCCAUUUCAUCCCAUCCAAGGGUCCAUUGUGUUUGGGAUGAAAUUUUCCUUGCAGUACUUAAGAAUUCAUCUGGUGACUUUCAGAUGUUCUGGAAUACAGUCGUGGAAGAUGGCUUGUUUCAGUCGACACAUGAUAGAAAGUUUUUGGGGUUUCAGCUAGUAAAGAAAAUAUUGCCUCAACUCAGUGAAAAAGAGGUGUCUGUUGUGUUUGGUGCUCACAUGAUGAGGAGCUUUAUAAACAGUCUGUCGUCGUCACAGAGUUAUCUCCAUGAGGCAGCGAAACAGUUGGCUUCAAGUCUUCCUUCAAUAGUGAACCAGAGCACAGAUCCUGGAGUUUCAGUUUUGGUAUUAAAACAGCUUUUAGGAAGACAUGGUAUUAUGCAUUUUGACAAGUUGACUAAAACAAGAACUGUGGACAGUUUACUCGGAACACUUCAAGGAUCAGGACUACAGAUGUUUGUAGCAUGGCUUCUUAAUAUUUUUGAGAAAGGAGUUGUUCAAGUAUCUACAGAAUCAGUCUCCUCAAUAAAGAGUGAAGAGUCAAUAAGGAUUGCAGUUUUAAACCAACUGUACCAGUUGGUCAAGAAGAAGUCAGGUGUACACGAGGGAAAUUGGUUACAAGAUGUGCUUUUCUUCUUCCUUAAGCAAGCAUAUUUUUUACCAGUUGAAAAGGACCGAAACGAAACUUUACCGCCUUCAGUAAGACAGAUCUGUGAACAGAGAUUUGUUAGUGCAUUAAAAGACUUAUCAUCUAGUAAAGAAAUGAAGUCGUUUGAGCUCCAUGUUAUUGUACAACAUGCUAAGGACCUUCUUGAGAAUGGUGAAUAUAAAGUGGCUUCUGAUGCGUGGACGGAAGAGGCAGGAAAAGCGUUCAAGAAAGCAGUACAUAACAUUGAAAAGAUUCGCAAAAAGAGAAGAAAAAGUGGAGAAAUUCGGCAUGAGGAUGAGGUUUUUGAACUGCUGUUUUCGCACAUGGUCUUGAAUUUGUUCACCGAACCAGAUCAAGCCAUGGAUAUUUUGAAGGAGCUAAAAGCUUGCUAUGAAAGACAGAAGACCAAAUACGAGGAGAAAAAUGAUGAGGAGCCACAUUGGGCAGAAGUCCUAACUGAAGUGUUACUCAGUCUGUUGACCAAAACCUCGAGUCUGUUCCGCCAUGUUGUUGAUCAAGUGUUCGUCCUCCUUGCUCCCCAUUUGACUCAGGAUGCCCUGAACAUGAUUAUAGAGAGCUUGGAUCCUAGAAAAGGAAUUAAUGGUGAAAAUUUAGAGAUUGUCGAUGAAUCAGAUGUCGAAGAGGAUGACGAAGAAAUGGAAUAUGAUGAAGAAAAAGCAAAGGAAAGUAGCAGUGACGAAGAUUUAGACGAUGAAGCGAUGAUGAAACUCGAUGGCGCCCUCGCUGCUGUUUUUAAAUCUCAGUUGCAGGCCAUAAGGGACAAAAACAAAAAUAAAGAUGCCAUGAAGAUCAUUCUCCAUUUUAAAUUGAGGGUGCUAGAUAUUAUAGAGAUACUUAUCAAGAAACAAGCCUCCAAUCCACUGAUACUCGAGGUGGUAAUUCCCUUGUUGAACGCGACGUGGUCGGCACUGAACUCUAAGGAUUUCCGCACAUUGGGCGAAAAGGCUCAAGCACUCUUUCAAAACAAGCUAUGUACAGCAAAAGAGCUUCCUCCGGCCCCUGCCAUCAACGCCAAAGACGUUCACAAAAAGCUUGAGGAUCUGAUUCAGAAAGCUAUGAUGGGUGAGAAAUUCGCAAUUUACGCUANUUGA